AUGGGCCACCUUCUCUCGAAGGAGCCGCGUAACCGCCCGAGCCAGAAGAGGCCUCGCUGUUGCAGCUGGUGCCGCCGCCGGCGCCCUCUCCUCAGGCUGCCCCGCCGGACCCCGGCCAAGGCGCCCCCGCAGCCGGCGGCGCCCCGGAGCCGGGACUGCUUCUUCCGCGGGCCCUGCAUGCUCUGCUUCAUCGUGCACAGCCCCGGCGCGCCCGCCCCCGCCGGGUGCUGCCAGGGCCCGGAGCAGCCCCUCUGCCCCCCGCCCUCCUCUCCCGCCCCCGAAGGUGUCCCAUCCGAGGCCGGCGGGGACGCGGUUCGAGCCGGGGGCACCGCCCCCUCGUCCGCCCAGCAGCAGCAUGAAUGCGGCGACGCGGACUGUCAGGAGCCCCCAGAGAACCCCUGCGACUGUCACAAGGAGUCGCCCUCCGAAACCCCAGACAUCAACCAGCUGCCGCCGUCCAUCCUGCUCAAGAUAUUUUCCAAUUUGUCCCUGGAUGAGCGGUGCCUUUCUGCAUCAUUGGUUUGCAAGUAUUGGCGUGACCUUUGUUUAGAUUUCCAGUUUUGGAAGCAGCUGGAUCUUAGUAGUCGCCAGCAGGUUACUGAUGAAUUAUUGGAAAAAAUUGCAUCAAGAAGUCAGAAUAUAAUUGAAAUCAACAUUUCUGAUUGCCGCAGUAUGUCUGAUACUGGCGUAUGUGUUUUAGCAUUUAAGUGUCCUGGACUUCUUAGGUAUACAGCCUACAGGUGUAAACAGCUUUCUGACACCUCUAUUAUUGCGGUUGCCUCUCACUGCCCUUUACUUCAGAAAGUACAUGUAGGCAACCAGGACAAACUUACUGAUGAAGGACUCAAGCAGCUGGGCUCAAAAUGCAGAGAACUCAAAGAUAUUCAUUUCGGCCAGUGUUACAAGAUCUCAGAUGAAGGCAUGAUCGUCAUAGCUAAGGGCUGUCUGAAAUUACAAAGGAUAUACAUGCAGGAAAACAAAUUAGUGACAGACCAGUCGGUGAAAGCAUUUGCUGAGCACUGUCCUGAGCUGCAGUAUGUUGGCUUCAUGGGUUGUUCGGUCACUUCCAAAGGAGUCAUUCACCUCACCAAGCUAAGAAACCUUUCCAGCUUGGACCUACGUCACAUCACUGAACUGGAUAAUGAAACCGUGAUGGAAAUUGUCAAGAGGUGCAAAAAUCUUAGCUCUCUCAAUCUCUGUCUGAACUGGAUCAUAAAUGACAGGUGCGUGGAGGUCAUUGCAAAGGAAGGACAAAACCUAAAAGAGCUGUACUUGGUGUCCUGUAAAAUCACAGAUUAUGCGCUGAUAGCCAUUGGGCGAUACAGCAUGACAAUAGAGACGGUGGAUGUUGGGUGGUGUAAGGAAAUUACAGACCGAGGAGCCACCCUGAUCGCACAGAGCAGCAAGUCCCUGAGAUACCUGGGGCUGAUGAGGUGUGAUAAAGUCAAUGAGGUGACAGUGGAGCAGCUGGUGCAGCAGUACCCGCACAUCACCUUCAGCACGGUCCUGCAGGAUUGCAAGCGCACCCUGGAGAGAGCCUACCAGAUGGGCUGGACCCCCAACAUGUCUGCGGCCUCUUCCUAACCCUGCGGCCGAGCUCGGGUCCUCCCGGACCGUUCAGCGGGGUGGAGCAUGUUGUAGAUUGGAGGUGGGCAGUCUCUUGGAAAGAGCUUUGCUGUGCCCGGCCUGCGUGCGCGCGCGCGCAGUGCGUCUCUGUGUCUUGUUUGCAUAUUACAUACCAUAAGUGCAGUUGUCAUUUCUUCCCAGGUGAGUUGGCUUUUUCCCUUAAAAAUUGUGAAAGCCACGAGCCAUCUAGUUUUAAGUUCAAAGGCUUAUUUCUCUUUAAAAAAAAAAAAAAAAAAACUUCUUAAAAUAUAGAGUCAAAAAAAUGGUUGUAUUAUUUUGAGCUUGUACUCGCUGCCACUUAGAGAUGUCCAAAAAAGAAGGUCUCCUCUCCCCCGGGAUGGAAUCGCGCACUUGUGCUGAAGUGAUGCUGCUCUGAUGAGAAUCCAGGAACCAGAACUGUCAAAAGUCCAAGCACAGACGCCGCGCAGGCACCCACACUUUCUCCCAGACCGCACGCGUGCGUGCACCCGAACACCACAGCGGGUUCUCCUAGAUGGUUUCCUGACAGAAGGGCCUUCCUCCAGGCCACUGAGGAAGUGUGUCAUCCUCCGAAAUGCCGCCUAACUCCGUGUGUCCACGGGUAGCCGACUUGCAGUCUGGUGUGUGACUUAGGGACGAGAGAGAAUAAGCCUUUUGUAAAUUUUUCAUAUGGAGGCAACAAUCUGAGCUCCCCUGGCCAGCUCCCAGGAGUUAAUUAUUCAUUAUUCUACAAAUGCGUUCUGUUGAGCACUAAAUAUUUUAGUUGGUUUCACGUUAACAUUGCGUUAGCUUUUAUUUCAUGGAUAGUAACUGGUCGGGAUAUAUUUUAAUGGUAUUUGGAGUUAAUCUUAGCAUUGAAGCCACCAAUGUAAUUAAUGGUGUGCAGUUAUUAAAAAAAAACAAACUACAGAUCAUUUCAUUAUUUUGUUAAUUUUGGUAAUUAUGAAAGUGUAUGUCUGAAAUUUGGGGGGUAGUCACAUUAAUAGAAAAUUAAUGAGUGAGAUAUAAGUAGACAAUCUUUCUACGGAAAUUUUUUUUUUCUUUUGCAUUGCUUUGGUUUUUGAACAGGUUUUUUUGGACAUAUGCAUGGUAUCAUUUUCUGAAUAGUUCUAUGCUACCGCAAAGAUCUAUUACUAGGUAAUAUAUGAGUUAAGAAGGAAAGUUAGAAAAAUCUGUUCAUUAAGAUUCUGUUUACACUUGUCACAAAUAAGCAUUUCUUUGUUCAAUUAAAUAUUGCCAGUUUUCAGUUAAGGAAAUACCUGUCAGUAAAUGAAUAUAUGUUUUGAUUUAGUGUGUCUUUACAAUUAAUUCAUAAUAGGGACUCAGGCUCAUAUAACCUUUCCUGUGUCUCGAUUUAUAAUCAAGACAGCAAGGAGCCUUUUUAAGCUAAAGAAUGAUUACCUUUCCCAGUAGAAUUAGAAGCAAAGCCCUAACUUGUGAGUUUGCUAUUUAUUCUUCCUGGAGUGGGCAUCAGUGUUUUUUGGUCUUUGAGACAUUGAGGUUUGAGUUUCCUUUUUUAUAGGUCCCAAUAUUGCUAAAGUGAUACUAGCUGUAAGAAACAAAAGAUAGCUUUGCAUUUGAAUGCCAUUCACUUAUUUAUAAUGAUGCCUUUUUUUGUAAACACCUGUUUCCUUUGAUUAUGUCAACGUGUUUCUGAUGUGGCAUUUUUUUGUUUUUAAUCCCAAUCAGUUAGGAAAAUCUAGUCAGCAAGCACCAAGAAUAUUUUUCCCAUAACUAAAUGGGUUUCUAAUUUAAUUUGAAGGGAAUAAAAUUUGUGUAAGAAAAAACUUGUUUAACAUAAGUAAACUAUAUUUCUUCUUACACCAUGAAAUGCAUUGUUUUCACACCCAUUUCCCCACCACUAAAAAAAAAAAAAAAUCUUAUCUCACAAUAUUUUAACUGAUUUUUAAUCCAAAACUAAUUUAUAAGACAAUAUGUAUAGUAAUAGUAGGUUGAGUGAAUAAGCAAAAGUUUAAUUUUUAUAUAUGUCAUGCUAUAUUUUAAAUAGUUAAAAAGACAAAAGAAGGGAGAGCCAUCUGUGAUAGAGAUGGUACCAUUUCAGUUCAAAGUUGUAAUAAUCCUUGGAGUGUCACAGUUUGGUUGUCAAAUGGUUUUGAGUGUAUAAUUGAUUUUGUAAAACCUGCCGCAUUGUUCGAAUCUGAAGCACAGCACUACGACAUGCUUCUAGCUUGGGGGUGGGGGGGCUCGCACUUACUCUUUAAGGUGUUGACUAAUCCAGAAAGCCUCAUGCAGCAUAACCUGGAAAACUGCUUUGGUACAUUUGUAGCAACCUGUAGAAAUAUCCUAUCCAGCCUCGAAGCAUUAAUAUCAAAAAACAGCCAGAAAAAAGCAUCACCUUGCGUGAUCCUGUGAUGGCUGUUGAAUGUGCUCUCAUUAGAUGCUUUGAAAUGAGGCUUAAAAUAAUUUUUCUGGGCAAUAUAGAGUUUCUUUUUUCUGCUUAGAAUGUCAUAAAUACAUGUGAACAUGUUUAAUGCAGGGCUUUUUAUCCUCUCCAAAAUGUCAACAGUAUUUUCAGAAUAAAGACUAUGAAAUAUAUUGUUGUAGUGGAAAAUUCUGGUCCUUUGUCAUUAAUGUCUUUUUGAGUGGAUAAAGAAAAUUCACCCAGUUUGUAGUUUCUAUAUUUCCGUGAAUCUUUGACCUUGGAAUGGGUUGCAAUAAAAGAGAAACA